AUCUCCACUCCCUCAUCACCUCCCUCUACUUCCAUCUUUGUGCCAAUAUUUCUCAAAAGUCUUCUUGCUAACACAUAAAAUGUGCAGCUCUAAGACCACAGUGACCAUUGGCAUUGAUGUCAUCCCAACCCCCACAGUUGCUCGAAUUAAUGGCAGGCCCGUCCUUCAACCGACUUCCAACCGAGUUCCGAGCCUUGAACGCCGUAAUUCUCUGAAGAAAGUGUGCCCAACAUCUUCCCCUCCGCCUCCGCCACUGCCGGUGCCGCCGCCGAUUUCUCCGAAGUCGUUGAAAUCUCCAAGACCGCCGGCGAUAAAGCGAGGGAAUGACAAUGGUGGGUUGAAUUUGAGUGCGGAGAAGAUUGUUAUUCCGAAGAGUAGCACAAAGACUCCGGCUUUGGAUAGGAAGAAGUCAAAAAGCUUCAAGGGUAGUUAUGGCGAUCAUGGAGGUGGGAUUUGUGGGGUUUCCCCUCUUGUGGAGGCGUCCUUGAGUUACUCUUCGUCUUUGAUCACUGAGGCGCCAGGCAGCAUUGCCGCGGUGAGGAGGGAGCAUAUGGCGCUGCAACAAGCGCAGAGAAAGAUGAGAAUUGUUCAUUAUGGAAGGUCAAAGUCCGCCAAGUUUGAGAAUGUUGUUCCCGUUGAUUCUUCAAGUAAAAUCACAACAAAGACCGCUGAAGAAGAGAAGAGGUGCAGCUUUAUCACACCCAAUUCAGAUCCCAUCUAUGUUGCUUACCAUGAUGAAGAAUGGGGAGUUCCUGUCCAUGAUGACAAGAUGUUGUUUGAAUUGUUGGUCUUGAGUGGUGCUCAGGUUGGCUCAGAUUGGACCUCCAUCUUGAAGAAACGGGAAGAUUUCAGGAAAGCAUUUUCAGGAUUUGAUGCAGAAACUGUUGCCACCUUAACUGAUAAACAAAUGAUGUCAAUUGGUUCAGAACAUGGCAUUGACAUAAGCCGAGUUAGGGGCGUUGUGGACAACUCUAACCGAAUUUUGGAGAUUAAGAGGGAGUUCGGAUCAUUUGACAAAUACAUAUGGGGCUUUGUGAAUCACAAGCCAAUCUCAACACAAUACAAGAUGGGACACAAAGUCCCUGUGAAGACAUCAAAAUCAGAGACAAUUAGCAAAGACAUGGUCAGGAGGGGUUUAAGGUUCGUCGGCCCGACGGUGGUUCAUUCGUUUAUGCAGGCCGCCGGCCUCACCAACGACCACUUGAUUGUCUGCCACAGGCACCUACAAUGCUCCCUAAUGGCAGUCCGGCGUCAAACCGCCACGCCAGCGGCUCUAUAGACUCAAGUUGACAUGAAAGAAUAACGAAAAACAUAACCCCAAAAAAAGUGCUCAAAUUUUGAGCAUAGUUUGCUGACUUUAUUUUACCUUUAAUAGUUGUGUAGAAUAAUGUUAUAGGAGAUGUGACUUGUGAGAUGGAAGCUGUGAAAUUUUUUAAUGACAAUGAGUGUGUGUGUUUGAAGUAGAUGGCUAGAUGAGAUUGAUUAUUAUUAGGGUGUACAAAGGUGGGGAGGGUGUAGCAGACAGGCAGCAUGUGCAUGUGAGAAUGGGAAGCAAUGGCAUGUGUGGGUGUCAGGCUGCUUUUUAUUCCAUGUGACCCAUCAGACUUCGCAUUAUUUGGUUUCCUUUAACAGCCUGUGUGGGAUAGUACUUGUAGAGGGAAAGUAGGACCAUCCAUCUUGCUUUCCUUCUUGCUCUCUCUUUGCUUUGUAUUUUAUUGAGUUGUACUUUAAUUUCUAACCUUUUGGAUUUGGGAAGGGAGGGGGAGGGGGAAUAUUAUAGCUAAUGUAUCUUGGGUUUGGUGUGGGUUUUAUGAGUGCUAUUAUUUGAUACCUUUGUCAUGUGCUUGUGUACUGUUUGCUUACUAAUAUAUACUUUUUGAGAUA